CACCGCUGAGCUGUGAAUUGCUGUCCCCUCUUCGAUGGCAUCGUCGACGAGCUUUCCCUCUUGUCUCGUUCCUCCUGCCCUGCCAUGGAAGAGAGCCGCCAGGCAGUUUCCGGCGACACGGGCAAAGAAAGAAGAGGCAGAAGGCGGCGGCACCAAAGCAGAGGAGAACACCACCAGUGCCUUCUCUCUCAGCGCCGCCGCUUCCACCCUCGCAAGGCCGGCCGUCGCUGCCUUUGGACUGGGCUUCCUUGACGCAGGAAAUUACAGAUGUUUUCUAUGGAAGUGGAACCAGGUACAGUGGAGAUUGGUCUCGCAUUGGAGCAAUCUCAAAGGAGACAGAGGAGUUCUUGAAGAUAGCAGCUUAUUUUGUUGUCCCAUUCUGUUUCUUGCUGAUAUAUUUCAUAUCUGAAGGCCAGAAAGAUUCACUAAAAGAUUCUCAGGAAUAAUCCUUGAGAAAAGUAUGUAUUUAAUUUGUCGAAAACAAUUUUUCAUAAUUUUUUUUUAGUUAAAAACAUACUAA